CACUGACUCAUCUGACUCCGACUCCGCCCAGAGAAUCACUCCUGCCCCUGGCUGCGCCUUUGCGCGCCACCGGGGCGCAUGAUGGGGCGCAUUUCUGCGUGCUGGCGGGGCCAGUGGCUGCUGGGAUGAGCGAAGUUGAAGAGCUGGAAGCAUUGAUUGAUUGGAUCAAUGCUUGUUGCCCCGAUGCAGAUGUGGAGGAGUUUGAUGACCUAGCAGAUGGCGCCAUUCUAGCAGAUGUGCUGCAGCUCUAUGCGCCUGAGGUGGAUCCUCAGAACAGCGCUGCAGGCAGCGCCAAGCUUUUGCACUCCUGUCUUAGCAGCUACUUUGGUGAGCGGAUUUCCUUGCCCAGGCUUGCAGGGAACAUCCACAACGGAGCCUUCUGCAAGCCGAAGCUCUUGCGGUCCCUGACUGAAGCCGUGCUGCUGGCCGCGGUGGAGGGCCCCCGCAAGGAAGCUGCUGUGCAAGCCAUCAUGAACCUGAAUGAGCCCAAGCAGAUGGCACUGGGCGCCGCGUUGCAACGGCUCAUGGCCCUUGCUGAGGCGCAGGAGCGCCAUGCGGAGCCAAACGUGGACGCCUCUGGGAAGUCGAACCCGCCCACGCCGCGGACGCCGCGGGAGAUGACCGCAUACAAAUCCGUGGCAGACUUUCUCCAGGAUGAAAUCCAGGAGAUGAAGCAGCAAUGCAAGACGGAGGAGCUAGCGGUCGAGGGUUUCAAGAACAGUGAGAAGGCUUUGCAGGUGCAACUCCGCGCGGUGAUGGUUGACUUCGCUGCUGAAGAGGAGCAAGCGGCCGAGACCAGUUUGCAGAUCCAAAAGUGGCAGCGCAGCUAUGGCGAUGAGAUGCGGCAGAGGAAGGCGGAGUGCCAACUGUUGCAGCAGGAGCUGCACAAGGAGACCGAAAGUGCCAAGGACCUGCCGCAGCAGCAGCUGAAGCUCCAGAGGCAUCUGGACUCCGAGCUCGAUGCUUGCUGUCAGAUGCAGGACACCACCGACAAGCUGGAGGUCGAACUACGAGAGGCCGCCCAGUCCAAUGAGAACGAUGACCUUUCUACGGUGAAAGCUGAGAUGAUGGCCUCGCAAAUGCAGCAGACUGUGGUGGACCGGAAGCUGCGACGGGCCGACGCAGAGGAGAAGGAGCAGAUGGCCUUGGCCAAGACCACAUGGGAGAAGCUGCACCUGGCAGAGGUGGCGGCCUCGAACCAAGAGCAGAGCCUCCGCCAGGUGCGACGCACCGCCGAGAAGGAAGAGGAGUGCGAGGCAGAUGUUCUUGGCCUUUUGGAGUUCCGCGAGUGCGAGAUGAGGCAGGUGGAGCUGUCCCUGGGCGAAGCAGACACUGCAUCGCCACCAAGUACAAGAGACAGCGUCGCAGGGCCAGGCGUUGAGCUCAUGCGUAGCGCUCCUGAUGUUGCCGAGUUGCGGGUGCUCCUGAAGGAGUUGGGCCAUAUCGCGCGGAAGAACAGCAGUGCACAAUCGGAGCUGAGUCAACAACAGCAGAGGACCCGUGACUUGGCGCAUCGCCUGCAGCAGUUGGAGAACGAGGCGUCCGCCCAUCGCCAGGCAGAGGCCAUCGCCUCUGUGGAAUACAAAGCUAAUUGUGAGGAGGCGAUGAACUACGCCUCGGAGUGUCGGGAACACAACUUCCUGGUGCAGUCCGAAGUGAAGCAUGCCCAGCUGGAGCAGAGCCAGAUGGAAGGCACUAAGAAGCGGAAUGAUGAGGAAGUCGCAGAGAUGCAGAAGCGCUUGGUGACCCUGCGGGGCCAAGCGACGAGCCGGCGGAAGGAUGUCACUGAAGUGGCUGCCAACUUGGCGGCGGUGCGCCAGGUGAUCUCCAAGUCGGAGGCAGCAUCCUCACUGCUUCGAGAACAGCAGUUGCAGCGCAAGGCACGCGAGGAUCGAGCUGCGUGGGCUGCAGCUGAAGCAACCUCUGCUGCGGAGGAGUUGCAGAGGCUCGAGCAGCAGUUGGAGCGUUGCACUGCCCAGCGGGAAGAGCAGCUGCAAGAGGAGGAUGUGCAAGAGCUGAGAGUGCAGGAGCUUCAAAAGCAAGAACUCCUUGAGCAGCAGCAGAGGGAGGAGUGUGAAGAGGCCACGAGCUUGAAGCAGGAGGAGUUGUUCCAGCACCAAAGACGUGUGGAACAGCAGCGCCAGGUUUUAGAAGAUCUGAAGCAGCGGAGCCCUGCCAGCCCUGCAAGCCCUGCCAGCUCUCGGUUGGAUGCAGGUGAGAGCCUGGAGCCACCCGACGUGCCGGACGAGUUAGAUGAGGUCUUAGAGGCCCAGGCGGCACCCAGCUUGUCCCCAGAGCAGGCCGGUACAGCGGCUGCUGCAGCACAGAGGGCACAAGGGGCUUCACUCGAGGAGCAAUGCCAAGCCGCCGCAGAUGCCGCGCACAGCGCGGCAGAACGCCGUGGCGCAGCCCCGCCGGUUGCUGCCGCUGCUGCUGCAGCAGCUGCGGGGGCGGCAGCGGCCACAGCCAAGCGUGCGGAGAAGAAGGAUGCUGAAGAGCAGGUCCAGGCUGCUCGCACGGCCGCCGCAGCCGCGGCCCGUGCACAUGGCGGAGAUGAGGUGCUGCUCUCCGCCGCCGCUGCUGGGGCUGCUGCGGCGGCUGCAGCGCGGAGCGCCAAGAAGCCUUUGCAGUUGCAGGCGCAAGCGGCUGCCACAGCCGCUGCCGACGCCGCACAUGCCGCGUCGCCGGCGGACCGGGGGCGUGCGGCGGCAGAUGCUGCGGCCUCAGCUGCGCUGGUGGGGGCGAAGAUCGCGGGGAAGUCCAAGAAGGAGCAGGUUCAGCUGAGCGCUUCCUCAGCCCUGGCAGCCGCGGAAGCCGCAGGCAUGAAAUCGCGAUCUCCCGAGCUGGACCGGGCGGUGCGGGCGGCCGCAGAGAAGGCCGCGUCCAGCUGUGGAUGGCCAAACGACAAGGCUCAGCAGAUCGCCUCCGAGGUCUUGGGCACCGAUCGCCAGGAAGCCGGAGAAGCCAAGGGCAAGGUGGUGCUGAAGAAGCUCCGGCAGCAGCUGGCGGAGCAAGAACGAAAGCUCAGGCAGUGGGAGGCAGCGCAGCUGGAGCGGCGUCGGGCCAUGGGGCAGGAAACGCAGCUCAUCUCGGAUAGCAUCCGCGAGAUUGGGAUCCGCUGCCAGAUGUUGGUCGGGAAGCAUCGAGUCCUCUUGGACGACAGGAAGCGCUUGGAGGCUGAGGCUUGAGGCCCUGUUGCAAAGCACAGGCGCCCGGUCAGUGACUUUGAGCCCCAAAAAGGUGCGUGAAUGACGUACUGGAUGACCUGUAAACGGAUAGCUCAGAAGUUAUUUUUCAUGCUGUGCUUGCCCAACGAUUUUGUGACUUUUGUCCCAUUCUGCUCCAUGAGACUUUGCGCUUGAAACGCAAUUGUUUCGUGUAAGAUCUGUGGUGAGCGCAGCUCCUCUUGCUU